AUGCGCUCAACCUGCGCGCUGUUGCUGCUCUCCCUCCUUCCCGCCACUCUCGCCCAGGAUUCCGAUGGCUAUACCGGCUACAACCUCACUCUAACUGGCGACAAUGAUUCCGCCUACUACGAGACCGCCAACACAGCAGCCAACACCUCGAAUCCCGACUAUCCUCCACCAGAUGUCUACCUCAAUGCGUCUGUACACGUUGGCGAGAUCUUUAUCCUCGUCCGCGAACUUGAGGCCAAGGUCAACAUCGACGCACAAGUCCUGCAACUCCUCGAAUUCAACGCCGGUGUUGACGUCUCGGUCGACCGUAUCCGCCUGCAGAUCCAAAACGUAACCGCCAAGGUCGAGCUGACCGCCCGCCUCUCCAACCUGGUAGCCAUGGUCAGCAGCGUGCUCGACUCGGUCGACCUCAAUCCCAUCCUCGCCGAGCUGGGCAACCUAACCGGCGGCAUCAUUGGCGGUGUCGGCGACGUGAUCGGCGGCGUGAUCGGAGACGGCGACUCCGGCAGCAACGGCACCGUGGACGGCACCACCGGCACGCUGGCCGAACGCAGCUUCUCCAGCCAGCUGGCGAACGGCAUCCUCUACUCGAUCAACGACUACGGCGGCAACGUGCACACGAACCGCGUGCUCUCGCAGGACGGGGACCUCGUUGACCAGAGCCUCGAUAACGGCGGCAUCGUCUACAAUCAGCGCGUCGUCGGCCGCUUCGACACCGACAUGGAGUUCACGGGUCGCGAACGUGAGGGUGUCAUCUUCGACGGCCAGAGCGUCACCGAGCGCGAGUAUAUCUACCGGCCGUUCCCUGGCAUCGAGGUCAUCAGCCAGGUGUUUACGAACGAUGCAGGCGAUGUGGUGGCAACGAGGCUGAUUAGUGAGCUGGAGGGUGGAGGUAGCAGCACGAUCAGCAAUGAUGACGAGGCGGAGCAAUAA